AUGUCUCAGACCUUCUCCCCCGACAGCGAGUUCUCCCCGCUGGAGACCCCGCGCGUCCCCAAUGGCGGCAGCCUCUCCAUCACGGCGCUUGCACGUUUCGAAUUCGAGGCUGGAAAGGGGAACGAGGGGACCAAGAUCCUGAUGGUGGAAUGGGAAGAUGACGACCUAAGCCGAUCCUCAACAGGCUCGUGGCACGUUUCGUGGGAAGGGAAGACGACAGUGCUUCCUGCCGACGAGCAGACGAGCGAGAAUACGCGCCGGUUUUAUUUCCUGCUCCCUCCUGGCGUGACGAUUCCUCCAGUGGUGACUUUGACGUACACGCCGCAUCCAAGUUCUGCAUCCACCGUCAAGCCGGAGUCGGUACAGCUCAAUCCACUACCCGCCAUAUUCCCAGCAGAGUUGGGCGCGACGGCACGGACAGCAGGGAAGAAGGGUGUGUUGCAUACAAUAUGGGCGAAGAAGCGCCUGCAAGCCCUUGAAAAGGAGAUCCGGGAGGAAUUCAUCAAGAACUCAGAAGGCGUCGCGGUGCAGAUGGCAAUUCAGGAGAAGGAAUGGAUUGAAUCCAACUUUGGUGUUUCAGCUCCGUCUGCUUCCCAGAAUGUUUUGUCAUCCUCGCCAGCACCAUCAUCAGAAGCGCCGUCAUAUCCUCCCACUACACCCAUCUCGCCUGCGGGGGGAAGAAAAUUAGGGGAAAAGCUGAAAGGGUUGAAGCUCCAGACAAGUGAAAUGGAUCUGGCCAAGAGGGCAGAAGGACAAGCCGGUCAUAACGAUGCUAAUGCAGGAGCCCACCUCCUCUCCCCCGAGUCUCCGGAUGUUGCAGUGUCAUCUUUCAACUCCUUCCGCAACGCUCCACCUCCUUCGUCUGAUACCCGACGCGUGGUGGCCCAUCACCCGCCGGAAUCAAUCCAACAGGCACAGCAGGGUGGUGCUGAAUUUGGAUUCGAUUCACUGAAACGCACCGAGAGCACUGACUCAGGAGACGAACUAUUCGCCAAGGCUCUGAGUCCUCGCUCUCCAGAUCUUCCUCGUAGCCCGUUCUCAUUUUCACCGCAGGAUACGAUGCGCUACAUCGCGACGAAAGAGACCUGA